UAUUAUCUCUGUACGUUUCGCGUACGUUAAAUAAUGAGACCAAAACAAAUUGAAAUGAAACAGAACUGAACACAGGAAGAUACGACGCGAGGACAGAACGGAACGAAACGGAACGAAACGUGAAACACGUCAGUGAUUGGAAUCAAGAUGGUACUGGAAAGUACGAUGAUAUGUGUCGACAAUAGCGAUUACAUGAGAAAUGGAGAUUUUUUACCAACUCGACUUCAAGCACAACAAGAUGCCGUUCAUGUGGUCUGCCAUUCCAAGACACGUUCAAAUCCAGAGAAUAAUAUUGGUUUAAUAACAUUGGCCAAUACCGAAGUGUUGGCCACAUUGACUAGUGAUGUAGGCAGAAUUCUAUCAAAGCUCCAUCAAGUUCAACCAAACGGUAAUUUAAAUCUAAUUACCGGAAUACGAAUUGCACAUCUGGCAUUGAAACAUCGCCAAGGUAAAAAUCACAAAAUGCGCAUCGUUGCUUUCAUUGGUAGUCCAAUCGAGGUCGAUGAAAAAGAACUAGUUAAAUUAGCGAAACGGUUGAAGAAAGAGAAAGUCUGCGUCGACGUGAUUAGCUUCGGCGAGGAAAGCGUUAACAGCGAAGUAUUAACAGCCUUCAUCAAUACACUCAAUGGAAAAGAUGGCACAGGCAGUUUCUUGAUUACUGUCCCACCUGGACCGCAUUUAUCGGACGCGUUGAUUUCUUCUCCCAUAAUUCAAGGAGAAGAUGGAAUGGGUGGUACAGGCGUGGGAGGAGCUGCAUUUGAAUUCGGGGUCGAUCCAAACGAAGAUCCAGAGUUGGCAUUGGCACUACGUGUUUCGAUGGAAGAGCAACGGCAGCGUCAAGAGGAUGAGGCACGACGCGCGCAGUCUACUGAAGUGACUACAGUCCAGCGAGGAGAAACUCAGAAAGCAGCUCCGAAGGAGGAAACGAUGUUAAAGCGUGCGCUUGCCAUGUCGCUCGAGGGUCCCGAAGAUUCGUCUUCAGCGUCAGAGAAUACUACGCCCACUAGUGGAAUCGUGCCUGACUUCUCUCGUAUGACUGAGGAAGAACAAAUUGCUUUCGCUUUACAGAUGUCCAUGCUUAAUCAAGAUCAACAAGAGCUCGAGUCUUUGAAAGAAGAGUCAAUGGAAAUCGAGGAGGACUACGCUGCCGUCAUGUCCGACCCAGCUUUUCUGCAAUCAGUUCUAGAAAAUUUACCUGGUGUCGAUCCCCAUUCUGAUGCCGUCCGUCAAGCCGUUGGAUCUCUCCAACAAAACAAGGACAAAGACAAAGACAAGGAGAAGGAGAAGGAAAAGGAGAAGGAGAAGGAUAAAGAUAAGGAUAAGGAAAAGAAAUAAAAAAAAACUUGUGCUCCUUGGAUAUAUAACUCUAUGUUAAUCCCUGUUUUGUGAAUACAUGUAUACCAAAUAUAAGUUUUCAAUUUUUCAAAACUUCA